ACUGAAAAUUACCCAAAACUGCUUACAUGCAGGGAAAAUUUCCCCUUUCUGUAUCUAAGCUGGCACUCUCUCCUCUAUCGGGCCGGAUCUUUAACCCAUUUAACACAAAAAAAUCUCUCUAAUCUCUAUAGCUAGCUCAGUGAACCAGAUCCCUAAUUCACUCGAGAUGAAAAAUCCACAGAAAACUGCACCAAUUUCAUAGCAAUAACAGCAAAUAUAUGCUGCUUUUUCUCAUCAAAAUCUAAUCUUGGCUCAAGGUCUCUCUCUCUCUCUCUUUCCCGUUUUGUUUACUUUGUUGCUUUGAACAGUUAAACCAAAACCCUAAUUUAUAAUUCUCAAAAAACGGUUCUAAAUUAUGGAUUUUGAGCUAAUUAUCUAAAUUGAUUCUCAUCUAGGCUCACAAUAUUCGUGGCCCUUUUGGUUUCUCCUUUUCUUUUGAUAAAUUGUUGAUUUUUAUUCUUAAUGCGAUUUACCCUAAAAAAAAGAUUGCACCUUUCUUAGGAUCCUGCGUCAAUUGCUCUUGGUUUUGAUUUAUUGUUUUAUAUAUUAUUUGGGUUUUCAAUUUUUUUGUCUUCUGGCCUGAUAAAGUUAGGUUUUCUGCUCAAAUUUAGCUGCCUGAAUUUGGGGUUGAUUUUCUUAGUGGAAUAGUAGUAUAAGUUUUUGGAUGAAGGUGAAGAUUGAGGCUUUUCAUUAAAUUGAUUAGGAGAAAGAGGAAUCUUGAUUUUCAUUUGGUAUAGUGAGAAAGGUCGGAUAUUUCGCCUCGUUUAGCGUGGAAAUUGGAGGUUUUUGUGUUAGGAGUACUGGUUGAAUUUCCAUGGGGGACGGUACGCCUAAUGCAAUGAAUCUUGAUCUGAAUUUGGGACCUGUCGAAAGUCCUAAUGAUGAUUCAGAGCCUGUUCCUGCAUCAUUUCCCAUUGAGGAUAUGAAUUUGGAGGACUUGUUAGAUGGUUAUCGAUUUAGGGAAGUUGUUAGGCAAAGGAGGAGCAGAUGGCGGUCAGUUUUAAGAAACAUUCCGGUCCCUGCAGAAGCUAGAAGUAUUGCAAUGGAAUUCAUUGGUAGGAGUGAAUCACAGACAGGUGAUGCUAGUGUUGUUACUGAGAAGAGAUCCUCUGAGGUGACAGAGAUUUUGGGGAAAAAGGAAGAUAAUGAAAAGGGUAAUAGCGAGGAGGGAAGCUUCUUUGAUUGCAAUAUAUGCCUGGACUUGUCCAAAGAACCUGUUGUGACUUGUUGUGGUCACUUGUUUUGCUGGGCCUGUCUUUAUCGAUGGUUGCAUCUCCAUUCGGAUGCAAAGGAAUGCCCUGUUUGUAAAGGGGAAGUGACUAUGAAGAAUGUAAUCCCAAUUUAUGGCCGUGGAACUAAUGUACCGGAGCCUGAAGAGGAUUCAACUCUGAAAAUCCCUCAUAGGCCUCAAGCAAGACGUGUCGAGAGCUGGAGGCAAACUAUUCAAAGGACAGCAUUCACCAUUCCAAUGGAAGAAAUGAUUCGCCGUCUUGGCCAUAGAUUUGAUUUGUCUCAGCUGCAGCAGCAGAAUCCUGAAGGUUCUCAUGAAUCACCUGAGCGAAGCAGCUCAUUGCUCAACCGUAUUCUUACUUCCAGGGGAAUGCGCAGAGAACAGAAUCCUGUACUGCCUUCGGAUGAUGUGGUUGACUUGACACAAACCAGUCCUACUAACUCAGAUGUGUGGGAAAACCGCCGUCUUUCCUCUCUGUUACUCCAUAGAUCAAAUUCACAUCGAGCUGCUAAUUUUGCCGAUCUUGAUUCUGUCUUUGGUUCUGCUGGAAGGGUGGCUGACCCAUACUUCCGUAGUAACAAUGUGGAGAGGAAUCAGGAGCAGCCUCUACCAGUGGAUGAUAGAGAUUCUGUUUCGAGCAUUGCCGCUGGUAUACACUCAGAGAGUCAGACAGUGGAUACUGCUGCUGAAAUAGAUUCUAGGGUGUCCCUCUCUACAUCAUCUUCCAGAAGAAGAAAUGAUACUUCCAGAGUUUCAGAUGUGGAUAGUGGAGAUUCACGCCCACAUAGGAGGAGGAGGCUAAACUGAUUUGCAUUCUUAGCAUUUUCAAUCUUCCAAGCAUGCCUUAACCCCCACCUCCCCCCUCCCCCGUAUGGCGUUGAUAUUUCUGAGCUUUUAUUUAGGCAGAUCAGUAGGAAAUGUACUUUCAAGAGUUUCAUAAGAACCUUUUCAUGUUCUCUUACCUGGCUGAUUCAAGCUUUCCAGUUGCAAGUCAUUUGCAAAAAAAAUAAAUAAUAAGAAACUUCUUUUUUUUGUCUUUACCUCUGUAAAUAACCUUGCAAAUGGUAGUAUUAUUUGUAUA